AUGGAAACUCCGUCUUCUAUGAGAAGGGUUACAAGAUCUCAGACCAGUUCUUUCUCUCAAACGAAGUCUAAGCAAGAAGAGGCAAGAUCAAUAAACAAUGGGAACCACGAGAGAGCUGCGCUUCAAGAUAUCUCAAACGACUCCCCAAUCAAUGGCGUUGCAACAGAGAAGACUCCCAUUUCUUCUGUAAUGAAGCAUGGAUCUCUGCCGAAGAAAACACCAGGUUCUGGAGAAGCGCUGCUUCGAGGGCAAGUGAAAAUCCUUUUGGAGAAGGUUGAGGAGGAGGCAGAGCUCGUUAAUAAGCUUUCAAACAGGCACCGUCGUGCACCUUUCUUGCCGUUUUUAGGGGUUCUUCCCAUUUCUCCGGCGUUGCUGGCGGCUCCAACGCCUGCAAACACCCCCCAAAAUUUCGGCAAUUCCAAAGCGAAAGAAGAAGCAGGGAAGGAUGCAGUUAAUGGUGUCGUUAUGGGAGACGUUAUAAUGGUGAUUCCGAAGGUUGCUGAAUCAGUAAAGCAUGAGGAACCUCUGGAGCUACAUAAGUGUGUGGUCAACAAAGCACUGUUGUUUGACUCACCAAGCAAAUCUGAAGCUUCAGAUGCCUCCUCCAAUAUAUCUUCUUCAGUAACAUACCAAGGAAGCGUUGUCAGUUCCUCUUAUGACGAUAACUCCUCCAAAUGGUCUAUCCAAGCCAAUGCUAGCGCCUGUGAAGAUGAUGAAGUAGAAUACUUUGAAGACUUUGAUGAAGAAGAUCUAGAUUACUAUAAGGAAAACGUGGAAGAGGAAGGGUGCUUGGAUGAGUUAUGUGAGCGACUUGGGAAGAUUACAGUUGAAGACAGGGAGAUGAAAAAGAUGCCGGAAUUCAAAGGGAAGCACACGCGGUUUAUAUACAGCAGUGAUGGCGAGAUCGAAGCAGAAGAGGAGAUUGGCAGAGUUUGCAGUGCUGGAAAAGCUCUGUCUCCGAGUGUGAUGCUGCUCAAAGGUUUGCCGUUACCUGAAGGAAAGCACCUGCGAUUCCACGAGGAUGAUGAAGAAUGA